UUGUCAGUUUGUCAGUUCACUUCGAACGCGAGAACUGUGCGGACGUGCAAAGCGGCAGAGCGGCGAAACAAACGACAAACUGAAAAACGUUCGGCCUAGUAACACAAAACAGUAACGGCAAAUAAUAUACAGAGUAAAAAAACACUCCGUCGCGCUCUUCUCUUUGCAUUCUCUUUACGCUAAAAAACUCGCAACAAAACUUCAACAGGCGCGCUUACAACAAAUAUAAAACAAAAAAAAAAACAAUAAUUUUGCUAAAACAAGACUUUGUUUGUGUCCUUAAAAAAACAUAACAAAAACAGUUGCAUUGCUGCCCACCGCGCGUUCCAAAUAAAAUCAACUUACAACUACAAAUCAAACACAAAAAAACAAUCAGCUGGGGAAAAGGUGAAAAUCAAGAAGAAGAAGCAAUUAUCCAAUUUUCUGCUGCCCCUGGAAACAGUUUUAUUUUUUUUUUUGUUUUUUUGUUGCAAUUGUAGUAAACAACAAGUAAAAGUGUGUGUGAUUUUUUUUUGUUAUGAAAAAACAAAAUUGUUCUAAAUUCAAAAGUCCUGGAUUAUUUUGAAUUUUGAACUCACGCAAGAAACAAAAACAAAAGAAAGACAAACGUGAAUGCAAAAGCAAAGUGAAAUCUUACACAGCAGCAGCGCAGCAGCAGAGGAGGAGCAGCGCACACACAAACAAACACACACAUGCAUAAGAAGUCAUUGCAAAAGUUUGCUUCCUAAAAAUUGCAUUGCAAACUAAGAGAGCGAACACGCUAAGAGAGCAAAGCAGUGAGGGAGAGAGAGGAGACUAGCAUAUGAACGAUUUGUGGUUUACCUUGUGUGGUUGUUGGUGUGCAGUUUGAGCAAUUGCAGCAGCAGAAAGAAACAGAAGAAGCAGCAGCAGACCAAGCGAAGCUGUGAAGAAGCAAUACAAGAAGAAGAAGCAGCAAGACAACUCCAAAAGUUAUUUCACACACACACACACACACACACACAUUAAAAGAGACGCUCGCUCGCACAAUGACCUUGCCAACAAAUACAAAUUCGAACGGCGGCAGCGGCGCUGGCAGUGGCAGCGGCAGCGACGAUGACUCGGACAUGUUUGGACCGCCGCGCUGCUCGCCACCCAUUGGUUAUCAUCAUCAUCGGUCACGCGUUCCAAUGAUCUCGCCAAAGCUGCGUCAGCGCGAGGAGCGCAAACGCAUCCUGCAACUGUGCGCUCACAAACUGGAGCGAAUUAAGGACUCAGAGACGAAUCUGCGACGCAGCGUUUGCAUCAACAACACCUAUUGCCGUCUCACCGACGAGCUGCGACGUGAGAAGCAAUUGCGCUACGUUCAAAAUCUGCCAAAAACCGAAAACAGCAGCACGACGGAAUUGGCGCGUGAGAAUCUCUUCCAGCCCAACAUGGACGACGCCAAGCCCAACAUGAACAACAACAACAACAACAAGUCGUCAUAUGGCGAUAAUAAUGUCGCGAAUGCCACAACAGGACAACAACAACAACAGCAGCUGCAACAACAACAACAACGCACCAUCUGCUCCAUUGAGAAUCAUCAGUCACCGCAUCGUCCCAACUGCAAUACGAACAACUCCUCCUCCUCGUCAUCCUCCUCAGCGUCCUCAGUGUGUUCUGUCUCGUCGACAGCGGCACGCAAGCGCCAUCUAUCGAACAGCAAUCUGGUCAACGAUCUGGAGAUACUCGAUCGCGAACUGAGCGCCAUCAAUGCCCCAAUGCCGUUAAUUGAUCCGGAAAUUACCCAAGGCGCCGAGCAACUGGAAAAGGCGGCGCUUUCCGCUGCCCGCAAGCGAUUGCGCAGCAACAGCAGCGAGGACGAAAGCGAUCGUUUGGUCCGCGAGGCGCUCUCACAGUUCUAUAUGCCGCCGCAGCGUCUCAUCUCGGCGAUCGAGGAUUGUCCGCUCGAUGUUGUCGGCAUGGGCAUGAACAUGGUGGUCGGCGGUGGAGGAUCAGGCGCUGGCGCCACCAAUUUGCUCGACGGCAGCGGCAACAACAGCAGCAAACGCAUCAAGCUGAGCAGCAACGUUGGUGGUGUGGCAAGUGAUCAUCUCGAUCUGGUCGAUUUCGAUAUGAAUCAGAAUCAAAAGGACUUUGAGGUGAUCAUGGAUGCACUGCGUCUGGGGACGCCAAGUCCGCCGAGCGGCGCCAGCAGCGAUUCAUGUGGACAGGCGGCCAUGAUGAGCGAAUCGGCGAGCGUGUUUCACAAUCUUGUGGUCACAUCGCUGGAGACAUGAAAGUAUCAGUAAGCAGUAAUGCAGUAAGGCAGUAAAGCAGGUAGCACAGGUGCAACAUGCUCCACAACAAAAAAAACCAACAACCAAUAACAAAACAAAACAAACAAACAUUUACAACAAUUUCAAAACAAGACAAAGAGCAAAGAGUUUUUAGGUUAAGUUUUUUAGUUCGUAAGUUCUAGCAUCUAAGCCUAUAGUUUUAGUCUAGACUCAAGCGGGCAGGGAACAUGCGGGGUUAAAAACGUAAAAAAACGUUUAAAGUAAAAAGUACAGUUGAAAAGCAAAAAACAAAUACAACACAGGUCGGUCAGUAUUACCCAGCUAUAUAGAUCUAUAUAGUAUAUAUAGCGAGAUAUAGCCGACUUGCUGCAAAACGCGUCUCGCAAAUUGUGUACAAACUUUGUUUGUUGCUUUGUUUAAUUCUAUUGUAUUGUAUUUUUUUUAUACACAUAUAUAUUUAUUAGCAUGUAAGCGAGAGGAAAACACAAUAACAAAAAUCAAAGAAUUUGUAGUCAAAAAACAAAAACAAACAAACAAAAACCAAUCAAUAUCAAAAAUAAAACAAAACAAAAGAAAAAAAAUACAAAAACAGUGAGAGCGCCAGACAGAGACAGCAACAGAGCACUUGCAGUUUGUACGAUGAAGAAGAAGGGGAAGAGGGAAAAGCGCCCGCGACUCAACUUCCAAUUUUGCACAUUCCAGGCUUUAAUACUCGCGUCGUGUGCGCUCGCUUCUUCCCGAUCGAUAGGCAACAUUUAUCGAUUACAAACACUGUCACUUGCAUGUUGCUGUGCUUCCAAAUCCAAAACAAAACAAAA